AUAUCGUGACUAAUUUUGACAUCAGUCCUUAUCGACCAAAAUGGCGGAUACUCUCAUUCAGCUUUGAGCCACUGUCGCCAUAGCCAUGUCUGACAGUGACGACAGCAAUUACUCUGCAAAUGCUAGUGAAGAAAGUGAGGUUGAACAAGAUGAUGCAAAAAGUGAUGCUGGAUCUGAUGCUGAAAGUGAUGCAGGAAGUGGAAAUAAUGAUGAUGAAGCUGAAGAAGUGACAGAAGCAGAGGCUGCAGCUGAAGAGCCGCAAGAUGAAGAUGAGCCUGAAGGAGAAGAUCUUGAUGAGGAAGAGGAGGAGGAUGAAGAUGAAGAAGAUGACGAAGAGGAUGAUGACGAUGAUGAUGAUAAGAGAAAGAGAAAGAAAAAGAAACCUAGAUAUGGAGACUUCAUCUUGGAUGAAGCUGAGGUAGAUGAUGAAGUAGAAGAAGAAGAAGAGUGGGAAGAAGGUGCAGAAGAUAUAAUAGAUCGCACUCGUCCCACAGAAGAAAAUACUUCCCGAGAUAUAGACAGUCAUCGUCGUCUUCAAAUGAUGUGGACAUCCCAAAAAGAAGAUGAAAUUGAAGAUUACUAUCGAAAAAAGUAUGCUGAAUCAUCUGCAGCAGAAAAAGGUUAUGGUGAUGGAGGUGAUCAUGAAUUACCUGAUGAAAUUGCCCAGCAAACUCUACUGCCCAGUGUAAAAGAUCCAAAUCUCUGGAUGGUUAAAUGUCGUAUUGGAGAUGAAAAAGCCACGGUGUUGUUGUUGAUGAGAAAAUUCAUUACUUACCAAUACACAAAUGAGCCACUGCAAAUCAAGAGUGUUGUAGCUCCUGAAGGAGUUAAAGGUUAUAUUUACAUUGAAGCCUACAAACAAACUCAUGUGAAGCAGGCUAUAGAAGGAGUUGGAAGUUUGCGGAUGGGACAAUACCAGCAAACGAUGGUUGCCAUUAAAGAAAUGACAGAUGUUUUACGAGUGACAAAAGAAAAGGCCCAGUUGAAACCAAAGCAGUGGGUGAGAUUGAAACGAGGGAUAUAUAAAGAUGAUUUAGCUCAAGUUGAUUACAUAAAUGUGUCUAAUAAUACUGUACAGCUGAAGUUGAUUCCCAGGAUUGAUUAUACUAAAAAGCGAGGAGCAUUACGAACAAAUGAGCCAGAAAAGCGUAAAAAAGGAAAGAAACCUCCUGCAAAAUUAUUUGAUGUUGAUGCAAUCAGAGCUCUUGGUGGAGAAAUAACAACCAAUGGAGAUUUACUUGUAUUUGAGGGUAAUCACUACAGUCGCAAAGGUUUUCUUUACAAGAGUUUUGCCAAGUCAGCUCUGAUCAUUGAUGGUGUGAAACCUACUCUCUCUGAACUUGAAAAAUUUGCUGAAGAAAGCGAUACUUCAAAAAUGACACUUGAAUUCAGUGAAAGUGGGCAAGAUGAUGCAAGUCAUAGCUUCUCUCCUGGUGAUAAUGUGGAAGUAUGUGAAGGUGAGUUGAUUCAUCUCCGAGGACGAGUUAUUGCUGUGGAUGGAAACAAAGUCACUAUGUUACCUGAUCAUGCAGAUUUAAAGGAUCCUUUAGAAUUUCCAUCUCAUGAAUUAAAAAAAUACUUUGAAAUUGGUGACCAUGUAAAAGUUAUUGCUGGAACAUAUGAGGGAGAUACUGGAUUAAUCGUGAGAGUUGAAGAUAAUGUUGUUUUGGUAUUUUCGGAUCUUACUAUGCACGAGCUUAAAGUUCUUCCUCAAGAUUUGCAACUAUGCACUGAUAUGGCUACUGGUGUUGAUUCUAUGGGUCAAUUUCAGUGGGGAGAUUUGGUUUUAUUAGAUGCCCAAACUGUUGGCGUUAUUGUUCGACUUGAGAAAGAAUAUUUCCAUAUCCUGAAUAUGCAUGGAAAUGUUAUUAAAGUAAAGCACCAAAGUGUUUCAAAGAGAAAAGAUACUCGACGAGCUGUUUCUUUAGAUUCUGAGUCGAACCAAAUUCAAGUUCGUGAUGUAGUAAAAGUUAUUGAUGGACCACAUUCAGGAAGGCAAGGUGAAAUCAAGCAUCUUUAUCGUAGCUUUGCAUUUUUACACUCUCGUAUGAUGACUGAAAAUGGUGGUAUCUUUGUUUGCAAAACACGUCAUUUGAUUUUAGCUGGAGCAGGAAGUAAUAAAGGCAGACCACUAUCUGAGAUCAACAUGCGUUCUCCAUUCCAUGCUGCUUCUCCUCGCAUUAACAGCCCAAUGCACCCAUCUGCUGGAAGCAAUAAACCAGCUGGAGGUUUUAUUGCUGGUGGUGGUGGAGGAGGAGGAGGAGGAGGAGGUGGUGGUGGUGGUUUUGGCCGUGGAAGAGGCCGAAGGGACAGUGAGCUGAUUGGGCAAACUAUAAAGAUUACUCAUGGGCCUUAUAAAGGUCAUAUUGGUAUUGUGAAGGAUGCUACUGAAGCUACAGCUCGUGUAGAACUUCAUUCUAAGUGUCAGACUAUAUCUGUUGAUAGAUCAAGAUUGGCUGUUGUUGGUGGUCCUAGUAGAGGAAGUCUUUCUAGCUAUAGCCGUACCCCGAUUUAUGGCAGUCAAACUCCAAUGUAUGCUGCUGGUUCAAGAACACCCAUGUAUGGAUCACACACUCCUCAGUAUGAUACUGGCAGCCGCACACCCCAUUAUGGAAGUCAAACACCAUUGCAUGAAGGAAAUCGUACACCUAGCCAUGGGGGUGCAUGGGAUCCAACUAAUGCUAAUACUCCUGCUCGGGGUAGUAAUGACUUCGACGAUUACCCAUAUGAUGAACCUUCACCAUCGCCAGCUUACAACCCUGCAACUCCUGGUUAUCCUGACAAUUCACAAGGUCCUUAUACUCCACAGACACCUGGGAAUGCACUGUAUAAUUCAGAUCAUACGUAUUCACCAUAUCAACAGACACCAUCUCCAUCAGCUUACCCAGGUGGUACACCCAGUCCAUCUGCUUAUGCUGCCACACCUAGUCCUUCAGCAUAUGUUGGAACACCUUCUCCAAGUGGAUAUGGGUAUAGUCCAAUGACACCGGGAGCCCCAGCAACCCCUGGAGGUUUAGACAUGAGUAAUGUGGAAUGGCAGACAACAGAUAUUGAGGUUACAAUUAAAGAUUCCCAUGGUGAUGAUGGAUUGAGCGGACAAACAGGAAUUAUUAGAGGAAUUUCCGGUGGAAUGUGUUCAGUAUUUUUGCCUAAAGAAGAUCGAGUGGUUAAUAUUUUGGGAGAGCACUUGGAACCAGUUGUGCCAAAUCGAGGAGAUAAUGUGAAAGUUAUAAUGGGUGAAGAUCGUGAAGCAACUGGAAGACUUGUUAGUAUAGAUGGAAGUGAUGGUGUAGUAAAGCUUGAUAGUAAAGAUCUUAGGAUGAUGAAUUUGAAGUUCUUAUGCAAAAUGAAGUAGAAUUUGAAAUCAGAACUCUUUGACUAUUUUUUUUUCUUGGAGGGGAAUGAUCUUAGACAUUCCUAUUCAUAUUUAUACUUUUGUUUUUUGUUGUUGAUAUAUUUCAUCUGACUUUAUGCUCAUAUUGUUUGAAUGAAAAAGUAAUUAUGCCCGUUAAAAAUUUUUAAAUAGUGCAUCUGGGGAAACGUGAUUAUUUCAUGCUGAAAAACAUUUUGUAUAUAUGUGUAUAUAAAUUUGUAGAUGAUGUUGGUGAUGUUCUCUGAGGUCACCACAAAUUCUUACAAUAAAAAUACAUUAAAUAAAUUUUCUUGUGUCAUUUUUUUUUUAUUGGCACAAUCAUCGUGCAAAUUGCCUUUGGUUGACUAACUGGCUUACUUGGAAUACUAGCUGAUUUUAAUUUAAUUAAAUCUCUAAUCCAUAACUUCAUUAUCAUGGCUGUUUCAAAAUACUUUUAAGCAUCAAAUUGUGACUGAUAUUAAAGUUAUAUUAUUUUAAAAACUUAGUGCUAGCUCUCUUUAUUUUGUGUACAAACCUUCCGAAUCGAGAUAUGUCCCAUGAUGUCAUAGUGUCAUUAAAAAAUUACUUUGUCUUUGCAGUAAUACAAUUUCACUUUCUGAUUUCUUGUGCAAAUUAUGCAAAUAAUGAAUACAAUCAUUCUUCUUUAGCUGUCAGCAAUGAAUGGAAGUCACAUGUUUAAAUAUUUGAUGAAGCAGAUAGUGAUUUUAAUUUCACCCCAGCACUGAAAUGUAUUGUUGAAAAAUUUUGUAUAAGAUUGUCAAAAUUACAUAUCAACUAAAUGGCAUUAAGGAAUUUUUUCUUUUU